GCUUCUGCAGCUGCUCCCAGAGUUCAGUCCUCUCACAAUGCACGAAGGAAUGAGGCGCCCAACACCAACUCUUCUGGUCAGCCAAUGAAAGCUUCUAAGCCUCCUACUUCAGUGCAAGUGCCUGCAUAUGAUGAGCAGAUUACUGAGCUUAAGUUGUCAGUGGACAGCCUUGAGAAGGAGAGGGACUUUUACUUCGCAAAGUUAAGAGACAUUGAGAUUCUGUGCCAAACCCCUGAGAUCGAGAACCUAAUUGUUGUUGAAGCAGUAAAAAAGAUCUUAUAUGCUGCAGAUAAUGAUGCAUCGGUGGUGGCAGAAGCACAAGCCAUGCUGUCAGCUCAUCACCAGAAGGAACCAGAACUCUUGAGUCCUAUUGCUGAGGUGUCAACAGAGGAAACCAAUAGUUCAGAGAAUCAGAAGAGAAAGAAUAUUGUGAACCUGGACGUUGAGGCUGUUGGAAUCACAACAUUGUCACCAAGGCAAAGGCUUUCUGAUGCUACUGAUGUCCGUUGUAGUGGGUCACCUCUUAUGACUUACUGA